GCAGCUGAAGUUUGUCAGUCGUACACCUUGGAAAUGCACUAGCUGCUAGAGAGCCCUUAGGUCCGUAAUGCCAGUCUGUCCUCUUCACACUGUCCAGCACGCUGCUCAGAACAGCUCCAGAGAGCGAAAAAGUAGCACACGCACACUGGACCCUUCUGUAGAGCUUGGCGACAAAUUAGCAGCAAGGAUUUAUGAAAACUAAAACCCCUCUGGAAUAAGGAACAGGAGGUACAGAUUGCAAAAAGCCCAGGCUGAGCACAGCACAGUGGUUGGGGUAGUCACCCUGGAGUGACAACAUCUGGUCGUAAUUAAAAAAGGAGAAAAAGAUGGAGCAAAGAGACAUGUUGAUUAGGAGCUGAAGUUUUUUAUGAGUCUCUUUUUCUGUAAGCUGGUGCCAAAGCCCUGCAAACUGAUUAUGCUGAAGAAUUACAGGGUUUAGUAUCUGGAAAGAAGGUCUACCGUGAGUGCGCAGGGUCUUCUGCUGGAGAUGAACACAGCAAGCAGCUGAGAGAGAAGAGGAGGAGCCCCUCAGCCUGCAUUGAAAAGCCAUGGCUUGGAGAUCAUGGCGAAGAAUGAGGUUGAAAAAGCCACCACUGGCUGGAUUCUGCUUCUUGCUUGCCUUGUCUGUGGUGGCAUUUACUAGUUUUCCUUCACGAUGUCCAGGCAGCUAUGUAGAGCCUGGUUUCCAAUACUUGACACUAGCUGAACCACACAGAAAAGCCAUCCAGCCCAGGCGUCUGUGGAUGAAUACCACUGACUCCAUCCUCUGGCAGCGAGGGGGUUUUGGCCACAGAAAAGGGGAACAAACUCCACACGGCACCAAUCAGGGAAGGCAAGCCUCGCAUAAACCCAGCCUGGCUUACAAGCAAAAGAACAAGCCAGGUGACCAGCUCAGACAAAACCACAAGCAGUUGAAAGAGAAGAGAAAGCACAAUAGGCAGAUGAGAAAACAUGUUAUGAAGAAAAGCUCCAAAGAAAGCAGUAAGCUGUGGUAUGAAAGCAUUCCCCUCAGGACCAACACUGAAAAGAAAAGGGAGCUUAAUGAUCAUUUCCAUGCACUUGAAAGGGAGAAAGUUGUUAUGGGACCAUCAAGGAAGGGGGCCCCCUUCUAUUCUUUUUCAGUCAGCAAUAAAAGACGUUUAUGGUCUGGAAGUCCUGGGUUUGUUACACUUCUAAAGAACUCUACUGUAGGCCAAGUCGGGCCACAGGACCAGAGCAAAGCAGGUGCACAUUCACCUGGGGCUGGGCAGCAGUAUUCAGAAUUGGUGAAUGCUUUUCUCUCAGAAGCAGGUAACAGGCUGCCCUUCAAAAACACAACUGGUGCUAAGAGAUGGGCAGACAGUCUCUCGCAACAUCCUGGAGAACAGGGAGGUCGCUUUUGGAUGGACAUGGCAGAGAGGUUACAAACUUCUGAGUGGUGUAUGAAGAUGACAGAGGAUGCCUUUCCUGCUCGAAGAAAAGGUGGCCUGAGGUUUGGUGGGAAGAAACCGCCGUGGUUUACAGAGGACGAUGUGCAGAAGAUGAAACUUUUGGCAAACAGUGAGGUGGUGUCCAAAACCAGAAUUCCUGCCCAUGGGCAAAUACUCAGAGUUAGCCUUUCAGCUGGCCAGGAUACAGUCUCCUCUGACCCAAAAAGACCUUGCUUGGAUGGGCUCUGUGGAUUAAUAAAACGGCCCAGUGAUCUCUAUGAGGUUCUAGCUUUCCAUUUGGACAGAGUAUUGGGGUUGAACAGGAGUCUGCCGGCAGUGGCCCGUAAAUUCAAGAGCCAUGUGCUUCCCUACAAAUACACCAAUGGUGAAGCGAGACCCAUUAUAUGGUGGGCACCAGAUAUCCAGCACCUCGAUGAUGUCAACAAUGACCAGAACUCCUUUGCACUAGGGUGGCUCCAGUACCAGGAUCUGCUGCAGCUGCAGUGCGGCAUGGUAGAUUCCACUGCACCUCUUGGAAAAGCUCCUUGUUUGAGCAUCCAGCACACAGAAUGGACCAAAUUGGCACUCUUUGAUUUUCUUCUACAGGUUCAUGACCGCCUGGAUCGUUACUGCUGUGGAUUCCAACCAGACCCUUCUGAGUCUUGUGUGGAGGAAAUGUUCCAUGACAAAUGUAGAAACCCUAGAGAACUUGUCUUGGUCCAUAUCCUGAUCCGGAGGAGUGAGCCUUCCCAGCUAGUGUUCAUCGACAAUGCAGGCAGACUCCUCCAUCCUGAAGCCAAGCUCAACUUCAGGCUGUUGGAAGGCAUAGACAGCUUUCCGCAGACAGCUGUGACCAUGCUCCAGUCAGGAUGUUUACAGAAUAUGCUUCUUAAGUCACUGUAUAUGGAUCAAGAGUUCUGGGAAAGCCAGGGUGGCUUUGAGGGACUUAGACACUUGCUUGAAACCAUUGACAGACGAGGACAGAUUUUACUACAGUACAUUCAAGACCACAAUUUGACAGUCGUUAAGGACUUGUUACUGUAAACCUUCCUCAGCAAUGGCAACACACUUGCCUGCUAGGAAACGAAAGGAUUCAAUGAUGGAUAUACCUCAGUCCUCCAGCUUUUGUGAUCAGAAGCCUUUCUGGAAUGCUUGAUUCUUCAGAACUGAAUUCUUAUCAGCAGUAGAUCUGGAGAACCAGGAUAGAUCCCAGCGAGUGGGGAACAGCAGGAAAACACAUUUCUGAAGUUUUAUAGGAAUGCUUGUAAAAUGUGUGCACCAAAUAUUUCAACUCCACA